AAAUCUGGAUAACCUGACCCAAAAGCAUUUCAAAGCUUACUUAGUGUCAACCUCGUAGAUUGUCGACACGAUGCGAUCCUUCAUCAUUGCCUCGGUUUUAGUGGCCACUUUGGCGACUUUGGCCAAUGGCCAAUUUCACGCCGAAUGUCAAGUUUAUUGGGAGGUCAAUGAGGCAUGCGAUUCUGUUCAAAGCAAAAUCAUUGAUCAAAUGAAUGCUUGGGACAACGAUGAUUGCGGAACGCAACCCGGAGAUUCAGAGCCCAAUGGCCAGAAGUGCAAAUACAAGUUUACCGGAUCCGACGGCAAUGUGGUAACCGGAACCCAUACUACCCCCAUCAAGUUGUACGUGGAUGAAUUGACCUUCACGUUUUAUCCUCGUGACGUAGGAGGAUGUGCCAUUGAUGGCUAUUCACUCUCAACGCCUGAGUCGAUUUUGGACUAUGGAACCAACUUCUGCAACUUGUACAACCUUAUGGAUGGUUCUGGGGUAACCGCCGAUCCGGGAUUCACAGAGACCACCAAUGAUUACAUUUGCACCCAAUAUUCUGAGAGGAAUUGCGACAUUUACUGAUGCAAUAGUAACGCCUCCCUAUUUGAAAGGCUCAAAAAUAGACACGGCAAAGUGGUUUAA